AUGGGUCAGCCGAUAUACUUGUCGCUGUUGACCAUCACAGUCUGCCUGAUUACUUUGUUGGCCACGUGCCCCGCGUUGGCCGUCGGUUGGCCGGUCGACAGCAGUUUUUAUGAUGAGAUCAAGCGCGUAGUGUAUGGUGGUGGCGAAAACAUCGACGACUCCGUUGCCGCCACUGAAUCAUCACCGCUACCGGCAUUGUCAUUGCCGUCGUCGUCACAGGACAUAAACAGGCCCAUAGAAGUAGAAGGAUGGCCAAGAAGCCCGAUACCUCGCCUAGGACAAGUGAGCGGGGUGGCAAUAAACACGGUGGGGCAACCUGUGAUUUUUCACCGGGGAAGCCGUGUCUGGGACGAGAAUUCAUUCAACGAAACAUUCCACUACCAACAUGUAGAGGAAGGUCCCAUUUUAACAAACGCCAUUGUCACCCUGAGUCCGAAAACCGGCGAGGUUUUAUCUAGCUGGGGAGCAGGUUUCUUCUACAUGCCCCACGGCAUCACAAUAGAUCACCAAGGGAACGUAUGGGUCACAGAUGUGGCAAUGCAUCAAGUGUUUAAGUUUUCGCCCGGAGCGCCCAGAGCGUCAUUAACCUUUGGCAAGAGAUUCGAGAACGGCAAAGGAUACAGGACAUUGUGUCAACCUACUUCAGUGGCCAUCGCUUCGACCGGUGACAUUUUCAUUGCUGACGGAUACUGCAACUCUAGAGUUUUAAAGUUCACAAGCCGAGGAGAGUUGCUACGAGUUUUUCCUCACGCCAACGAAUUUCUGAGCCUUCAAGUACCACACAGCCUAGCGUUGCUCGAAAAACACGACCUCAUCUGCAUUGCUGACCGUGAAGAUAUGAGAGUCGUGUGCAGGGGCGCUGAGCUUACGACAGAAAGCAAAGAACAGGCCCCGUUAACGAUUCAACAGCCAGACUUGGGAAGGGUGUACGCGAUAACCAAUCACGGCGAUCUGAUUUACGCCGUCAACGGACCUACAUCACCCCUGAUACCGGUACGAGGAUUUACCAUAAACCCUUUGACCGAGAACAUUGUCGAUCACUGGACACUAUCCAAAAAUGCAGCUAUCAAUGUGCCGCACGACAUAGCUAUUUCGAAAGACGGUUCUUCGUUGUACGUAGCUUCCAUCAGUCCGAACCGCAUAGUGAAAUACACGAUGACGUCAGUUACUCCAUUGAAAUCCGAAUAA